AAAGUUCCGGCUAGCGAGAAGUUCCGGAUGACGCAACAGACGUUCCGAUCAGCUGUUUAUCAAAGAAUCUUGGCGUCGUUGCUAUGAUGGUUGCUAUGAGCUCGCGGUUGACAUAUAGGAGUCGCGAGAAGCUGUCAUUUACCUCAGGAACACCUCAGGAACCCACAAGCGGACAGAGACAGCGACAGCGACAGCGACAGCAUUCAAUUUCAAUUACAUUUCUUUAUUACAUUCUAAUCUUCAUUAUCCUAUUUGCCUACUUUGUGAAAAUGGUAUCGUUUGAUAAUAUUUUAUUUUAUCUUGUAGGUAGCAAGGACAAGUACAAACCAGGGACGGAAGAGUCCGCCAAAAGAGCUAUUAGAAAAGCUGCAAAAGCCUACUGUGUCCAAGGUGAUGCGUUGUACCACCAAGGCGAUGAGUCCUGUCUGAGGAGAGUGGUGAUGACGGAAGAGGAGAAGACUCCCAUCCUCGAAGAGGCACACGCAGGCCACUUUGGGCGAGCGCGCAUGGAGGCCAAGAUCCGGCAGCGCUUUUAUUGGCAGAACAUCAGGGAGGAUGUGGACAACUGGAUUCAGACCUGCAUGCGGUGCCAACGCUUUGAGAGGGUGAAGACGGAGGCCCCGGAGAUGAGGCCCAUCAAGCCAGUUGCUCCCUGGCACAUGAUUGGUGUUGAUCUCAUCGGACCCAUGAAGGCGUCAAGAAAGGGGAAAAACACCUAUUGCCUCACAGCGACUGACUAUUUCACCAAGUGGGUAGAGGCUAUUCCCAUCAAGAGGAAGGCAGCCGUGUUGACUGCGGAGGCUAUGAUGGAUAUCUUCCUGAAACAUGGUGCCCCGGAGGUCAUCUUGACCGACAGAGGAAGGGAGUUCUGGAAUGAGGUGAACACGGACAUGUUCAGGAGGUGUGGGGUCAAGCACCGCAUGUCCUCCGCCUACCACCCGCAAACUAAUGGAUUGGAUGAGAGGACAAACCAAACUCUCAAAAUUUCGAUUGGGAAGACCCUCGACGGACUUCAGGAGAGGUGGGAAGAUCAAUUAAAAGAAAUUGUUUUUGCCCACAACUCUUGUGUUCAGUCUUCUUCUAGGUUCUCGCCUUUCCGCCUGAUGUAUGGCCGUGAGCCACGACUCUUUUGUGAGGUCACUGGAGGAGACUCUCCGGAGGAGGAGGAUGUCGACAGUCCAGAUGAGGCGGACGUCGAGGCCUAUGUCGAGGAGCGACACAGGAAAGAUGCCGAGGUUUUUGAAAAGGUGCAUGCCAACCUGGAGAGGGCCCAGCAGAGACAGAGAAAUACCUACGGGAAGAGGAUUAAGAAGGGGACCAAGAGGUAUCCUAUCAGGCCAGGGAUGGUGGUGUUGAAGAAGGAUGAGCGGAAGCGCGGGAGGCCAGGCAUGACAAUGAAGCCUACUUGGCCAAACAAGUACAAGGUGGUGAAGGUGGAGGACAAUUUUGUGGAGCUGGAGACCAUGGAUGGAAUCCCUCUGACUUCCAGGACACCCUACGCUUCAGUGAAGCCAGUUCGUAUCAGGUCCCAGACAGGCCACCCCAUUGAGGAGACUGUAGAGGUUUCCUCUGACAGCUCUAUGUCGGGGAGCGACACCCGUGAGGUGACAUGCACUGUACCUCCUGGCACACUGUCCCCACAAGAAGAGACCGGACAGUCUUAUGGUCUACCCGGCUCUGUGACAGAGGACUACAGGCUGGAGGACAGUGAUGUUAUCAUCUCGGGUGUCCAGUCAGGCAAACCUGUUCUGGCGUCACUGAGUGACAGGGUGGACAACAUCAGGGCGAUGCUGCUCCAGCCCCAGUCUUGGUUGGACGACCGUGCCAUCGAUCAUGCCAUGGCACUCUUGAGGGUCCAAUACCCUCAUGUCGGAGGCCUCCUCUCCACCACCUCCCUGGCCCUACUGACACCUCUCCCAGCACCAACCCAGGGAUUUGUACAAAUAAUGAAUAUUUGUGGGAAUCACUGGGUUGUGGUAAGUAAUGUCGGCUGCAAGGUAGGAGAAGUAAGUAUCUUUGAUUCCCUUCAUCGUACUUGCACAGAUGACUUUGCUGCCCAAGUAACUGCCAUUCUACAGUUUGCAGGGAAGACAGUUCGUCUACAGUGGCCAGACGUCCAGGGACAGAAGGGGGUUGCAGAUUGUGGACUGUUUGCCAUUGCAAACAGUCUUACUCUCUGCAGAGGUGAGGAUCCUUGCAUGGUACAGUACCAUCAAGACCACAUGCGGACUCAUCUCUGUUCCUCUUUACAGGCUGGCCAGUUAGCACCAUUCCCCAGCACGAGGAAGAGUGCCUCUGCUAUUCCUGUUUACUUCAUGGAGGUGGAGGUGCACUGCUACUGCAGGCGGACUGUGCGGAGAGGUAAGGAUGCAGUGGUAGCCUGUGGAAGAUGUGGUGAGGUCUUCCAUCAGGACUGCAUCUCUCCUUACAGUCAUCUGUUUAUAUGUAAAAAGUGUACAGUGAUCAAAGUUAGAUAAUUGUUCUGUUAUUUAUAAUUGUUGUUUCAAUCGUUUUCCUUGUUUAUUUAUUGCAAUCAAUUCAGGUUUGUUGUUCUCAGUGUUCCUUUGUUCAUGUUUGUUGUUCACUGCUAAUUGGUUUGCCCUAAGCAAACCAGAUGGGCUUUGUGACGGUGGCGGAGUUUCUUGUUUUUCACUAGUGAUUCCCAUGUUAACAGGUCUGAGACACAGAAUAAAUGUGUCUCUAACUGGUCAUGGAAGUCAGUGAGGAUCAGGGGGUUCAGCAAUCGUGCAUACAAAGGCUAAUCAGUUAAAGUUGAUCUGAUUUUUUUGAUCUGAUUAUUAUUUAUUGAAAAACAAAUGAAAAACAGAAGAUUUAGCUCUAGUAUGAAUCAUUAGAAUAGGUUUAAUUAUUAGUUAUUGCCUCAUUUAAAUUGUUUAAAUAGUUUUACGUGUUAAUUAUAACAUCAUUAACACUAACCCACACACCUGGCCUUCCAGACAGCACUUCACUACAUAUAGGAGGAAUUAGGGUGGUGUUGCUAAAAUGUUCAUUAAUGCAUUAUUAGAUUUUCUGUUUUUCAUUUAAAAAAAAAAAAAAAACCCUCUCUAUGGCCUGUACCUUGACGUUGGUGAGAGGGCUUUCUACUAAAACAGGCCUUAAAAACAACAUGCCACAUCCAUGUAGCUGAGUGCACAUCUACUGUUUUUGUGAUAGUCAUCAGGCCUUCUCUGUUACUCGCUGCCUUUCUCUGUGUCUGCUCCCCUAAGCCUAGGUUUCAGGUGUGUUCGUGGGCGGGACUGUCACUUAACAGCUGAUCGACUACACCGGCGCCAAGGAGCUGCUCCUGUGACCCGAGUCCCUUUUCAUGACUCUGGAACAUUCGACAUGGACACAGCACAUUCCACACAUUACAACUACUGAUCACUUUGUGAUCAACUUUAAUUAUUUAAUAAAUCAAUCAUUUUGUGAUUGCAUUC